CGAACGUCGUUGCGCAACAUUGCAGAAGCUCUUGCUUUUUUACGAUUUCUUACCAUUAGUUUGUAUGUUGAAGAGCUUAGAUGUGAAGAUUUGCAAGCGUCCUCAGUCGUAGUCGGCUUCUUGCCUCAAAAGCGUCGCGCAUAUGAAACGAGCAUGUCGGAACGGAUGCGGAAAGACAGAUGGCGCCGUUUAAAGCACAGGUCGAUCCUUUGCGAAUGAAAUAACUCUUCUCUCGCGCAGUACGUGAUAAUACUAAUCGAGCCGAUUUCGAAAACUACAGACGUCAACGAUAAUUGCGACACAGCCACACACGCGAAGUUGGACAGCCGGGGCAUUCAUAUGGGCGCAUCACCUCCAACCUAAGUUAAGAUAAAGAGACAUGUUCUCAUUCAACACUACAGCGAAGCUGCACCACGUCACGCCUCUCCCGGCGGGCACGACGUUUGAAGCGGCGAUCGAGAAGCUCCAGAACCACGACCUACUCAUGAAACUUGACCCUGAGCUGCAUUCCUAUGAGACGUUGCCUUCCGACGAUGCUGCGCCGAAGACGAAGCGAUACAAAGUGACAGAUCAUAUGCACGCGCUGCCAAAGGGCCUGUGGGACUCGACCGUGACCUUUGAGAGCCAAAUCACCAACACGGAUGACGGCGUGCUUUGGGUGAUCAAGGCGCCUCUCGGGCUGGUGCAGUAUACCACUUGGACCAUAAUGCGGAACGCAGACGUAGGCAAGGGCAAGGAGAAAGCAGUGGAGGACGGCGAGUCAGCAGAAAAGCAGAGCGAGUUGAGUCUGGUGGAAGAGGUCGAGAUCAAAGCGUCGAGGCUGCUGGUUGGCACAGUCAGAAAUAAAUGCGAGGAGAACUGGAGAGGUGUCCACGGCAGGUUCAUAGGACACCUGCAGGGCGUCCCGGUGAAGGCUUGAGUGGAUGUUAGCGAGACAUGGGCGCUUCGAUGGCGCAGAUAGUCAAGCUUCUAGGCUUCUGCAAAACUUCGGCUCUUCCGCUCUUGCUAUGGUGAGCCUCCAGCCAGACCCUGCGGUACCGCGCACACCAGCCCCCACCACUCCCAAGCGGGUGGGGCAAGCGCGAUUCUCGCCGAGAAAUGGCAAGUGAUCGCCUGGGGUGAGACUUGGUGAGCUUGGCCUGGUCCUUUCUUCGGUCUGCGAAGGUUAUCGUUAUCAGACCAGAGCAGUUGACCGUUGCGUGAUGAUGUUGGUAGAUAACGAGAUAUCGUCU